AUGGACACCAUAUUGGACAGCUUCGGCUCGGACAAACUUUUCCCCAGUAACAACCUGUUGGACCUUGAGGACCUAAACGAGACCGACUUCCUUUCUAAUGUACACUUCUCGGAACAGAUGGAGGACUUCUCCAACGAGCUCUUUAGCAGUUUUUUCGAUGAGCAGCUGCUAGCCGAGAGGACACCUCUGCUGGACAUGGAGCUGGAAUCGCAGAACCCUGACAUCCAGCAGGAGCACAGCUACUCCCUCAGCGGCGAUUCGGCACCCCAGAGCCCUUCCAUGCCCAUCAAAUCGGACGAGGAUUUAGAGGGUAUGUGGGCAUUCAGUCAAGAUCUGACCGCCAUCCUCGUGAAACAGGAACCGAACCUCUUGUCUGAACAUUCUCCUGAACCGGUGCCGCCUACUCCCACCUCUAGUAGUGCCAGCCAGCCCCUCACACUCAACCCACCGCCUCAGAGACGACACAAUCAAGACAAGGUGGGCAGAGAACAGAACUCAAACACAGUACCUACUAUUAAAACAGAACCCCGAGAGGCCAGCCAGUUCCUUAGCGUCCCCACAGAAGAGCACCUACAGCUCCCGCCGACUCCUCCCAGCAGUCACGGCAGCGAUAGCGACGGAUCGCAGAGUCCCCGUUCACUGCCCCCGUCCAGCCCGGCCCGUCUACAGAGCCCUCAUUCGUUAGCACCCAGCAGCCCCAGCCAUCAGCAGAGUCCACAUCCCUACGCACCUUCCAGCCCAGCCCGGCAUCCGACCCGUUCUUCCACGGCCAUCUCCUCCUCGCCGCUCCUCACUGCCCCACACAAGUUGCAAGGGACGUCGGGUCCCCUGAUGCUCACAGAAGAGGAGAAGAGGACGCUGAUGGCCGAGGGUUACCCCGUCCCCAACAAACUCCCCCUGACCAAGACAGAAGAGAAAGCUCUCAAGCGAGUGCGCAGAAAGAUAAAAAACAAGAUCUCAGCGCAGGAAAGUCGUCGCAAGAAGAAGGAGUAUGUGGAAUGUCUGGAGAAAAAGGUGGAGAACUAUACUUCUGAGAACAAUGAACUGUGGAAGAAGGUGGAGACGCUCGAAAGUGCAAACAGGACUUUGCUGCAGCAGCUUCAAAAGCUUCAGGCUCUAGUUAGUGGCAAAGUGCCUCGUUCCUGCAAGAUGGCCUCCACACAGACCGGAACCUGUCUAAUGGUGGUGGUGCUGUGUUUUGUGCUGGUUUUGGGCUCUCUGGCUCCCUGCCUGCCUGAAAUCUCGCUCUACGCUUCCUCCUCCUCCUCCUCAUCCUCACCAUCACACACGGUGAAGUCUGGCCCGCUGCCCACUGCUCACCUCUACACCACAAGCCAGGUCCGCUCCCGCAGCCUGCUCUUCUAUGAGGAGGGUUCCCCGCUGGAGAACAGCCACGGGAGCAUGCUGAGUGUGGAGAGGGGGGAGGGGGUGCCACCCCAAUACACGCAGGAGCUGGAGGAGACCCACAAGCCGACUCACUCUCAUUUCAGCACGUACCUGAACCUGCAAGAGCCUGACAAAAACGGCAGCACCUCACCCCUCCUCCACCGAGAACACACACGAGAACGAGAUCCAGACGGAGGAGCGUUCUUCUAA